GCUAGUUGUUGACUUAUCCAAACAUUUAUUUAUGCGUUAAGAAAACAUGUACGUAUUUCGAUCAUUAAGAUAUAACUAUGACGAAAAUUUUGCAAUGGGAUACGUAUUUAUAAAGGAGGAGAGGAAUGGUUGUAAUAGUAAAUUGACGGCCUCCUCUGCUCACAUUCAGAAAGCUUAAAUGGUGUAACUUGGCGAUUUGGUUCUACGGAUUACAGGGAAAAUAUGGUGUUUAGACUUGUAGAAAAAACAUCUAAUUUUUCUAACCUCUCGGGUGCUCCUGCAAUGUCCGUUAAGAAUAUUGAGUACUGACAAAAAGGAAAUGUUGCCAAACAUUUUAACACUCACAUUUUUGCAACCUUGAAACAUCAAAAGCGCUUCCAGAGCGAAUCUUUCGACUUGGGGGAAUUCUAGAGUUUACAAUUUCCCGUGUCUCCAUAGAAAACUUUUUUAAGGGCGAGGGGUAGACGAUUUGUUCGGAGUCUUGCAACAUAGUGUUGGUCUUAGUCUUGCGCGUCAAGUCUUGGUCUUGGUAUUGUGGAAGUGUAGAGUGGGUCUUGCCUUUAGGGCCAUAUUGUCAGUCGUUCCUACAAUUGUAGUAGGCCUUUAUGGCCUCCUUGAUUGUUAUAGUCUUUUCUCUCCUUGAUUUCAGGACGCGAAUGUCGCCGCGACGCUAGUGAUAAGAGUGUCGCUGACUUCGCAUAGCAUCAAGGCUGUCUUUCCGUAUACUCAAUUUUUUUCAGCGUAUACAGCUGGCAGCCCGCCCGGAGCGCACGCGGUUAGCGGUUACCGCGGAUAUUUAUAUACAUUCGCGCGACGCUAACUCCAAUCACUCAUACUCCAACAUUUCAUCGCGACGGAGUUGCCUCCAGUUCAGUUACCAACACAAAAGUUUUGAAGUGCUUUAGAAAGUUGCAGGUUAAAAACCUAAGAAGGCUUUCCCGAUUUUUGGAAAAUUUCGUGUGAAACGUUACUGCCUCUUACCGGCGUGGCGCUAGACCGCUGAAGAAUUCGCGACCGAAGAAAGUACCUGAAAGUGGGUCACCAUCUUCGGCAUUGCCGGUCGUAUCUUCUCGAAGCUCUGAAGCAGUCGGUGUUUAGUUAAAACAGUUAACCAGCGAGAGAAACACAUAAACUGAGAAACAAUUUAAAUAAGGAGAGCAACAACUCCAUCACAAUUCAGCUAAGGAAAAACAAAGUCGCCGAAAUGACGGACUUGAUAGUGUCGUGCGAAGAAGGGAAACUCAGAGGGAAAACAUCGUUGGACUACCACGGAGGGAGUUUCUACGCCUUCUGCGGCAUCCCCUACGCUAAAGCACCGGUCGGAGAAUUGAGAUUUAGGGCUCCUCAACCUCCGGAACCAUGGGAAGGUGUCCGCGAUGCUACCAAAGAAGGGUACGAAUGUCCUUCUCUCGACAUGUAUUUCGGAUACAACAUCGGCCAUGAGGACAACUGCUUGAAUCUAAACAUUUACACCAAAGAGAUUCCCAUGUCCGAAAGCUUCAGGAAGAAGCCAGUAAUGGUAUGGAUCCAUGGUGGUGGCUUCAUGUAUGGUUCCAACAAAGCUGAUCAUUUUGGACCUUACUACCUCAUGACUGAAGAUAUAGUUUUGGUGGCGAUUAACUACAGAUUGGGCAUUUUCGGUUUUCUGUCUCUAGAAGAUCCAUCUUUAAAUGUCCCAGGUAAUGCAGCUCUUAAAGAUCAGGUCAUGGCACUGAAAUGGAUCAAGAAGAACGUCCACAACUUUGGAGGUGACCCAAAUAACAUCACGAUCUUCGGAGAAAGCGCUGGUAGUGCUUGUGUUCACUACUUGACCAUCUCUCCACAAACUAAAGGUUUGUUCCAAAAAGCGAUCAUGCAGAGUGGUUCUUGCUUGAAUGUUUGGGCCAGAGGAAAACCAAAUGCUGCAGAAGUCGCAAAAUGUCUUGGUUAUAAAGAAACAGACGAAAAAACCGUACUACACAGGCUUAUGAAGGAGAGCGCAAGAACCAUCGUUAACUCCCAAUUCAAAAUCAAGGAUGGAUUCUUCGCAAGUCAAAUACGACCUCUAGGUCCAGUCAUUGAACGUCCAUCUCCAGACGCCUUCCUUUGUGAGGAUCCCAUUGAGAUUAUUAAAUCUGGAAGACAUCAUCAGAUUCCAGUGAUAAUGGGCUACAACUCCAGAGAAGGCAUCUUCUACGAACUAAUUAGAAGGACCAGAAAUUAUGCUAACCUUCAGAAGACCUUGGAGCUAGAUGUUCCGUAUGACUGUGAUAUACCAGAAAAUGAUCAUGAAGGUAGAAAAAGGGUCGCAGAGCAACUGAAGCAGUAUUACUAUGAUGACGAUGACAUCUGCGAGGAAAAUGUCAAAACCAGAUACUUGCUGACAGGAGACAUCCAGUUCGUCUACGGGAUCCAAAAAGCCAUUCAACUCCAAACAAAAUACGGCAACCAACCGAUAUACGUGUACCGAAAUUCCCUGGACGGUCCACUGAACUUCUUCAAGAAAUUCUGCCAAGUGAAGUACUUCAAAACUGCCAUAAUGAUCAACUUCUUCGCUAAGAUGUCAGGCAGCAACGCGGUGAAGAGUAUCUUUCAGAACCUGCGGAACAAGCUUCCCUCCAACACUAUAGAUGGCGUAGCACACGCUGACGACAUUUUCUAUCUCUUCACAACUUUCUUCACGCCGAAAAUUGCUCUGGGCAGCGAGGAGGACCUGCUGAUUCAGAAAUUCGUCAAAACGUGGACGAAUUUCGCGCGAUAUGGCAACCCCACACCGGAGGCUGACGAGAUUCAGAACAAAGUUAUUUGGAAGCCUAUCGAGAGUCCGGAAAUCGAUACGAUCUUUGACAUUGACAGACACGCCAGGCUCACAGACAACAUGGAGCUAGAUCGGAUGAAAUUGUGGGACAGUAUGUACAGCAAAUACACAAUUUGAAAUGUAUUAAAUAAAAAUAAGUGAUAUUGUCUAAGCACUAGAGUGAUAAUCACUUGAUUUGCAUUUAAAAAUGUGCAACAAAUGAAAUGAUGACGUGUUGCACACUGAGCCAUAGUGCACGGUGUUGAAAGGAUCAGUGCCGGAUUAAGUCAGUGCGGAACUUGUAGCAAAUUAUAUCAUGGGGCCCAGAGACGGACUUAGAGAGAUUUUUUUGUGGGGUGGGACAAGGAAAAUGGAAUGCUUGGAGAUUGAACUUUGAUGUCACUGCAUCAGUGCUCUCACCCCCAGGAAAGAUACUUUCAUAAAGCAUCGUUGGUUCGCGGGGUCUGAAGUAUUUGCUACUCUUGCCACUCUGUUAAUCCGCCACUGGUAAGGAUGCACUUGGAGUGACAGAUUUAUGUUGUUUCAAUGCGAUGUAUUUAUUUUUUGUUAGAGAAGCUUUAAUAUGGUUAGAAGAUGUUAGCUUGAUAUCAAGCGUAUUUAUACUUGUUAGUGGUAAGUGUGUAUUAUGUGAAAUAAAUUAUUUUUUACAAA